AUGGAUGGUGGCAUGUCCCGAUGGUCCGAGUAUCUAAGUGUUGAAGAACCAAUUCCUUCGGCAUUGGCAACCUGGAGGAACAUGGGUGUUGAUGGGCCGCAAGGCUCGUCUGCCAGUGGCCACAAACAUCUUCAGAUGGAGCCGGUGGUUCAACUGUCAAAGGUUGCGGAAGGCUUGCUGGCGAAAAUGUACCGGCUGAACAGCAUCCUGGACUAUCCAGAUCCAAACACGCACACAUUCUCAGAUUCAUUUUGGAAAGCUGGUGUCUUUCCAAAUUUCCCAAAAAUUUGCAUCACGCUGUCAAAAAAGUUUCCUGAGCAUCCAAACAAGCUGCAGCUGGAACGGGCAAGGAUUCAGUUUUCUUUAGCUGUAGAUAAGUUUGCUCUUGAUGCUUUAAACGCGAGAAUGCUGAAGUUGCUUCUUGAUUUGCUGGCAUUUCGUGAACAAGCUUUGCGACUUAUUUUGGAUUUGAGCAGCACGGUCAUAACAUUGCUGCCACACCAGAACUCUUUAAUUCUUCAUUCUUUUAUGGAUCUGUUUUGUUCAUUUGUCCGAGUGAAUCUUUUCUCUGACAAGAUGCCAAGAAAGAUGAUCCUCCAGGUUUACAAUAUCUUGCACGUAAUGCUAAAGGGUGGUCGUGAUUGUGAGUUUUAUCACCGUAUGUGGCGUUACCUUUGGAAAAUAAAAGUUGCUUCCACCUUUUAA